UAUUUUACAUUAAAUUCAUUUCUUGUGCGAGUAGUAUUUUCAUAUUCAUUAUAGUACGAUCUUCGUACAAUUAAAUAAAAUUAAUAGGCGAUUGGUAAAAUAAGUAAAUCUAGGGAGGGAUUGUGUACUAUAAGUAGAGAUUCAUGAAAACAUGCUCCAACUUUGAUGAUUGAGUAUUGUUGAAUAUUGUUGAAUAUUCUGAAAACACGUGGACAUAAUAUACAGUGAAAGAUUUACUUCAGAAAUCAUUAAAUAUGAAUGAAAAACAAAAAGUACAGUACUUAGUCGUCGAUACAAGCGCCUUUAUCCGAAAUGCAUCGUUACAGGAUAUUGGCGUUAACAUUAUAACAGAGCAGGAUGUAGUAGACGAAGUUAAAAAUAAAAGACAAUUAAGAAGAUUAGUUGUCUUACCGUAUGAUUUGACAAUACAGAAUGCAGAUCCUGAAAACAUCAAAUUUGUCACAGAGUUUGCCAAGAAGACUGGUGAUUAUAUUAGUCUGUCGGCAACCGACAUUAAGGUGAUCGCAUUAACAUAUCAACUGGAGAAGGAAAACAUAGGAACAGAUCAUUUAAGGACUGAACCAGAAGUUUCACAGACCACAGAUUCUAGUGUUAAAAAAUCUGAUGAACUUCGUAAACCUUUAGCUGGUUUUUAUGUACCAGGGAAAAAAAUUCUUAAUGUGCAGAAAGACAUUGAUAAAGAAAAUGGUGAAGAAACUAAUUUAGAAAAAUCAGAAGAAGAGAUUUUGCAGAAUGAUAAAAAAGGAAUUGAACAAGAGGAGGCUGUAAAGAAUAUUGGAGAAGAGGAAGAUGAAUUUGACUCUGAAAAUGAAUCCUACAGUACCUUUGAAUCUGAUUACGAAACGGCAAACUCUGAUAUAGAUGAGAAUGUAACAGAACACUUAUCUACGAAAUUCUCAGAAUUAUCAUGCAAUUCCAAAGACUUUGUAGUUCAAGACACUAAUAAUACUGAACAUAAUGUUGAUGACAUUUUGCCUUCUAUUAAAGAAUGCUAUGAUAACGAUGAAUACGAAGCUAGUGAAAGUGGUGACGAUGACGAUGACGACAGUGGCUGGAUUACACCUGGAAAUAUUUCUAAUGUUAAAAAGGAGAUUGAUUCAGGUUUUCUGGAAGAAAAGCCUGCAACCGUUGCUUGUUUAACAAUGGACUUCGCUAUGCAAAACGUUUUGAAACAAAUAGGACUAAACAUAGCUGCAUUAGAUGGCAGAGUAAUUAAACAAAUGCGGACGUAUAUUCUUAGGUGUUAUGCGUGUUAUAAAACUACUAGCAUCAUGACAAAAGUGUUCUGUCCUAGUUGUGGCAAUAAAACGUUGAAAAGAGUUGCGGUUACAUUGAACGAAGAAGGAAAGCAACAAAUACACAUUAACUUCCGUAGGCCGAUUUCGAAGAAGGGAAAAAGGUUCUCUUUACCGAUGCCAAAGGGUGGAAAACACGCAAAUAAUCCGAUCCUUUGCGAAGAUCAACCUACACCUGAUCAAAGGCAAUCAAGACUAGCGCGUAUCAAAAAUGAUCCUUUACAGGAUGAUUAUAUAGCUGGAUACUCUCCAUUUGUUAUGCGCGAUGUAUAUUCGAAGUCAGCUAUGUUAGGUAUACGAUCAGGAGAAUCUGUUAAAUAUUGGAUGAGAAAGAAUCCAAACGAAGUUAGAAAAAAAAAGAAGUAAUUAAUCAUACCUUUAUAUCUUUGUAUCGACGUUUAUAUAAAUAAAAUUGUAAAUAAUUACCCUAA